AUGGAAAAUCGGUUGCGUCUAAAUACAACCGUGGAGAGUGUCAGAUUUUUGGGAACCCAAGCAUUGGCUUUUAGAGCAAGUGAUUCUUCUCAUAAGGAACAGAUGGGUAUUGUCCUACGAUUUGUUGAUUGCAAAGGCUUUGUGAGGGAGCAGUUCUUUGGUAUUGUGAAUGUUGCUGACACAAAAGCUCAAACUCUUAAAGAUGAGAUUGUGAAUUUCGUUGGUGGUUCUACCAAGCGUAGUACAGAGUUAAAACUGACAAGAGAAGCUGAAAUUGAAGAGUUGUUGGAUGCUGGAUUGGUUGAGACAGGAAAAGGAGCUAAUCAAACUCUUUGUUUACAGAGACCUGGAACCACUCGAUGGGGAAGUCAUUUUAAGUCUGUUAAUAGUUUGAUUGAAUUAUUCAGCUCAACCAAGCUCGUGGUGGAGAACUUAAAGGACAAUGGACACACUAGACAAAUUUGUGGUGAAGCUGAAGGUAUAUAUCUCUCUAUGACCUCUUUUGAGUUCGUGUUUGUCUUGCAUUUUCUGAAUAAAGUCAUGGGCAUCACUGAUUUUCUUUGUCAAAAAUUCCAAAAGAAGUCUGCAGAUAUUGUUAGUGCUCUUAAUCAUAUUUCUACUACAAAAAUGUUGCUUCAAAAUUUUAGGGACAAUGGUUGGGAGAAUUUUCUUGAAACUGUGAUAUCAUUUUGUGAAACUCAUGAGAUUGAUGUGCCUGAUAUGAGUGCUCCACAAAGGGUGGGUACUGGUCGUUCUUGUCAACAAAAUGAUGACAUUACAAUAGAACACCACUAUCAUUUUGAUAUAUUUAAUGUUGUUAUAGAUAAACAGAUGAAGGAGUUAGAUGAUAGAUUUCCAGAGCAAUCAAAGGAACUUCUCACUCUUACUGCAGCUUUAGAUCCUCAAGAUGAUUUUAGGUGUUUUAAGAAGGAUGAUAUUUGCAGUCUUGCUGAAAAGUUCUAUCCCCAAGAUUUUACUUCUGCUGAGUUGCAUGCUUUAGAUUUGCAAUUGACAUUUUAUGCUGAAGAUAUUCAUAGCCGUCCUGAGCUUCAGAAUAUUACUAGUCUUUCAGAAUUAUGUGUGAAAUUGGUUGAAACAAGAUUAGCAGAAGACUACCACUUGAUUCAUAGAUUGCUUUGUUUGGUAUUAACUCUUCCUGUCUCUACGGCAUCGACAGAACGAGCAUUUUCAGCUUUGAGAAUUAUUAAAAAUCGACUUCGGAGCAAGAUAGAAGAAGAGUUUCUUGAUGAUUGCAUGUUGGUUCAUAUCGAAAGACAAUUUGCUGAUAGUAUUGACAAUGAGUCAAGUAUUGAUGAAUUUGCUACAAAGCCUCGUAGAGUACAGCUUAAGAUUAGGUAG